AUGGCUCCUCUCUCGAGUUGGUUUGCUGGAGCGGCGUCGUUGCUGGCGGUUGCGGGUGCUCAGCAUGUCGUUCAGGAUGCACAGUCGGCGUGUUCGAGAUUUGGAGAGACGUUCCAGCAUGAGAAUGUUACGGUCAACUUCGUCCAUCAUGUCCCUGCUGGAACGAACCUCAGCCUCUCGCAAGCUGGGCCACUUGCAACUUGCGAUCAGGCCUCUCAGGUCGCUCCCGUGGAUCUCUGCAGAGUCGCGCUGUACGUGGCGACUUCGAAUCGCUCUGGCAUCACGAUGGAAGCUUGGCUGCCUUCGAACUGGACGGGACGGUUUAUGUCAACUGGCAACGGCGGUUUGAAUGGAUGCAUCAAGUACGUUGAUGUUGCAUACGGUGCUUCGUUUGGAUUCGCGGCUGUUGGAGCCAACAAUGGCCACAAUGGCACGAGAGGCACGGCUUUCGAGGGCAACCCGGAUGUUGUGGAGGACUUUGCGUGGAGGAGCUUGUAUACGGAGACGAUUGUUGGGAAAGCUGUUACGAAGGCUUACUAUGGGAGCAACAUCAACCAUGCGUACUACCUCGGCUGCUCAACUGGUGGACGGCAGGGGUUCAAGAUGGUGCAGGACUUCCCUGAGCUGUUUAACGGCGUGGUGGUUGGAGCACCUGCGCUGGCUUUCAAUAAUCUCACAUCUUGGUCUGGCCACUUCCUACCGAUCACCGGAUCCAACACGAGUGAGACUUGGCUUCCUCCUUCCAAGUGGGCCAUCGUUCAUCAGGACAUUCUAAAGCAAUGCGAUGGCCUAGACGGCGCAGAAGACGGCAUCCUCGAAGACCCAACUCUCUGCCGCUACAAGCCGGUCACCCUCCAAUGCCCCUCCAACGCCACCAACACCUCUACCUGCCUCACAGCACCUCAAGUACUCACAGUCCAACGCAUCUUCUCAGACUACUACGGCAAAAACGGGGCCCUCAUCUACCCGCGCAUGCAACCCGGCAGCGAACUCGCCUCUGCCAACAUCGAAUACAGCGGCAACCCCUUCCCAUACACCGAAGACUGGUUCCGCCACGCAAUUCUCAACGACCCGACCUGGAACGCCAGCACGCUCGACAGCGAGACCGCAGCCUACGCCGCCUCCGUCAACCCCUUCAACAUCGAAACCUGGAAAGGCGACCUCAGCGCCUUCAAAAACCGCGGCGGCAAGAUCAUCCACUACCACGGCCUGAUGGACUCCAUCAUCUCCUCCGACAACUCCCCGCGCUACUACGACCACGUCUCCAACACGAUGUCCCUCUCACCCUCCGAACUCGACACUUUCUACCGCUUCUUCCGCAUCGGCGGCAUGGACCACUGUUCCGGCGGCUUGGGGGCUUGGAGUUUUGGGCAGGAGGCCGUGGAGGGCGCUGAGCAGGUGCAGCAGACUGCGCAGGAUAACGUGCUGAGGAGGCUGAUUGAGUGGGUGGAGGAGGGGGAUGCGAAAGCGCCGACGACGGUGACGGGGACGAAGUAUGUUAAUGAUACGGUGGCGCUGGGGGUGGACUUUGCGAGGAGGCAUUGUAAGUACCCGUUGAGGAAUGUUUGUCGGGAUGAGGAGAAUUAUAAGGACCCGGAGGCUUGGGAGUGUGUUUUGUAG